UACAGCCCAUACAAACAAAGCACUUCGCUUGCUCUAGGCUCUAUUCGAGUCCAAACAACAUAAAUGGCCAUAUUUUGCAAGAGGGAGUAUCCUAAAAUCAUGGAGCCAUUGAAAAUUCUAGUCUUGAAAUUUUCACUGCUCUUGAUCUCGGAAUUCUGUCCGCGCGCAAUCGGCCAUUCGUAUCUGCGAUGAUGUAUCCCGACUGGCCUGAGUGUACGGCAGAUUUGGUGCCCUUGCCUCAAUGCCCUGGCCCCAAGUUGCGGCCGUUCGACUUUCAAGGCCACCAGAAGAUUGAAUUCCUUGAAAUCCUUGGAGAGGGCCUCCAUGCCAUCGUCUUCAAGGUUAGAAUUCUGGAUCAGAUCUAUGCGCUCAGGGUGUUUCGAUGGAUAUAUGAUUACAACUGGCUUGGCUUCGGGGAGUUCAUCAAUCGCGAGAAGCUCGGAGGACUCCGCGCCGUAUAUAAUUAUAUGGAGCCGUUUAACGCUGACUGCCGCGCUUUUGGGCGCCUCCAGGAGGCUGGGUGCGAGGAACUGGCGAUUCGAUGUUUCGGCUAUGUGCUGCUGGGCGAGGAUAAUGAGCGCGCUAUGAUGUCUCAGUUCGACUUUAACAAUUGGUCCUUCAAUGUGGAUAUAGACGAAACUGGAUAUCGCGAGGAAGAGGAGCAGCGCCUACUCUAUCCCGGCAAGGAUGCCCUUGGAGAAACUAUUGAUGAGGACAGGGGCGAUGUUUUUCCGCAGGGGCUGGCGCGCCAGUUACUUCGAAGCGUCGUAAAGCUACAAAAGCUCGGUAUCAUAGAGAUCGACGUUGCGAUCCGGCAGAUGAUUGAUGGUAAAUUGGGCGACUUCAGCUCAGCUAUCACAUUGCCUCAUUUCAUCACGAAUCCAGAGCUAAACCCACACCUUAGCCCCGUGAUGGUUCGAGCUAUAACACGGCAAACCUUUGUGCAUUGCAUGAACGACUAUCUUGCAUUCGACUCCAUGAUCCAUUCGUGGAAUGACGAACAUGACAGACGUCGCCUAUCCAUUCAAGCCUUUCCCGGGGGUCGGGGCUGCUCCCACAAGGCACGGUACAAUUUGAGGGGUAGCAGGGCAAUCGAGAGAACUCUUUAUACUUUUGUUGACCCAAGGAGGUAUUCUUGGACAUCAAAUGGUGUUAUUAGGAGAGCCAAGGCACUACCGGUUUCGCGGGGGCAUGCAACCCGAUCGGUUUGCAGGAGGAACUCGCGACAUCUUUUACGAAAGCUGACAGCCCGUCCAGAUGUAUGGCACUAUCAAAGUGAGAAAGAGGAAGAGGAAUGGGCAAAAAGUGUUGGAUCAUGCACUCUUCCAUUUCCCCACGUCUUAGACUGGGAUUUCAAGGGCGGUUACCUGUUUCCAGUCAAGAACAGCGGCAAGAAUAUCAAAUGA